UUUUUGUCAGGAAAAAGUAGGUUUAGCCUCUACCCAGAAUGUCGCCUUUCUUCUUCGAUCUCCAGCCUCCGCCCAGAAUGUUGCCUUUCUUCUUCGAUCAAUCUCUUCUUAUAUGCGCUACCUUGCUUCGUAUCCAGUUGUGCUGAUGUGGAAGUGCAAAUGGUAGAAAGUGUCUCACGGUCUGUCUCAGUUCAGCAAGCCCAUCAAACAUGCUGACUCAGCAAAAAUUAAUGUUUUAACGAAACUUUUUGGCGGUAAUACAAGGCGGUAAUCGAAAACCAUCCACCAAAACAAAAAAUCCACCGCUGAAAAAAGGCAAAGGUAUUCUCAUCUUAUAAGAACGAAGCACAGGAGGCCAAGUCGAAGCUAGGUUUUCUCCGCUGGUUUUUUUCAGAACACGGAGCAUCCAGAUGGAGCCGACAUCGCAUCCCUCCUUUGUGGACCAUGAACAUCUCCAGAAAGAUAGUGAAGUAACUGAUCUUACUUCUCUUUACGGUAAUGCUUCACAAAUCAACUCACAGUCAUCCAUGCCUGCAUUGAACCAAUACGGUCUAGCAAACAUGCCUUUUAGUCCUAACUUUAUGAUGAAUCCAUCGUUUGCUCCUCGUGCUCACUCACCUUUGGGAUAUGGGUUCUCUUUUCAAGACCUUUUACACUCCCCUAAUAUUCCAUUCGAGAGUCCUGUUACUAAAACAAGCAGAGAACCAGAUAAAAGUAACAAGAGCAAACAAAAUGCGCGUAUCUCUAAUACAGGCGGAGGCUCCAAAAAUUGGAGCAAAGACGAAGAUGUAGCACUAACACAGGCGUGGCUAUACAUUUCCGUUGAUGCCGAUGUUGGUAACAAUCAAAAAGUUGCUAAUAUGUGGAACCGUAUAUCCCAAAUUUGGAGGGAGAAAAUGGGAACUUAUGACGAGUCGCGCACGACAAAUAGCUUACAAUGUCGUUGGAACAAGAUCGUAGCCGCAGUUAACAAAUUUCAUGCUUUAUAUGAACGACUACAAAGGCAACCAAAAAGUGGAGCAAGCCAAGAAGAUAUGAGGCGAGAGGCAAUGCGCAUGUAUGAGGAUAUUAAUGAAGGUCAAUCUUUCAAACAUGAGCAUUGUUGGGAGAUCAUGAAAACAAAUUCAAAGUGGUGCACGAAGGAGGUUAAUAGGACCAAAGAUUUGUCCAAGCAAAAAACUGCCAAUGCUAGUGGUCAUACCCAAGAAUCAAUUCCACCAAUGAACUCAGGUAAUGAAGACCAAAACUGUAUCGAUCUUGAUGUUACUAGUGAUGGUAAGCGCAGUGAUAUUGAGCGUCCUCAAGGACGAAAAGCUACAAAAGAAAAAAAAAGGAGGCUGAAUGAUGAAAAAAAUGUCGUUGACGCUUUGAAUAAGAUACACACUGUCUUGGAUAAACAAGUUUCUGUUAAUGAGGAAGAGGUCAAGAUGAAGAAGGAGAAAGACUUAAAGGACUUUGAAUUGCGAGAAAAGGUAAUGCAAAAAGAGUUGGAAUUUAAGGAAAGAGCUGAAAAGAGAAAGGAACUGCAGUAUAUUUUGAACCAAGAUGUCAACAAACUUCCCUUUAGCAUGAGAGAGAGAUUUGAGAUGUACCAAUCUCAAAUUUUUAAGGAAUGGGAAAACAAUGGACGAUUUGGUGUGAAUAACAGUUAAUGAAGUUCAGCUGUUGAUGAAGACAAGUAUUAUAAUUUAGUUGAAUACUGUGAAGGCUAUUGAUUUAUUGUUUAUGGUUUUUUGUUUCAUUUUCUAUUCUUGAACAUCCUUUUAUUUUUUAGAAGUACUUUUGUUUAUGGAAUAUUAGAGAAAAGAUCCAGUUUCUGUUAAGUCUCAUGCAGCCUUUUGAAAAGAUUGUUGCUUUCUUUUAAAGUCCAUUACUCUGCUUUCUAUUAAAAUUGAUUACGGCUUUUCUCAUGAGAUACUAG